UUGCUUCUGAUUGGGCCAGCGGCAAGUGGGGCCCACAGAAGGCGAACAAAAGAAAAGAAGCAGCUUUCCAAGGGCCGAAGGAGGCGCUCCUUGCGCAGGGGAUCGGGCUGGGGUUGGCGAUAUCUGGGAUGCGUGUCUCUCUUGUCCGCGGGUUCUUGAGCAGUUUUCCGACAAAUUACAGCAGGCAAAAAGAAUUGUGUUGGAAAAGCAGCAGAAUUGUGUAACCUGGCACCAGAGAGCUUAGUUGGUAUAUCCUUAGAUAUCACGUUGAGUUCAGUGGAGGUUGCAUAGUGGUACAAUUUCCCCCCGUGCUUUGGGGCGCAGAAGGUCAAGACAUUUUCUAUCUUUGUUGGCCACAACCUUGGUGAUGAUAGUUUGUUCCCAUUUACCCUCUGUAAAUAGACUUGAGUAGUAGGGGAUAGUGGACUUUGUAUGCCCCAUUUGUCUAUCUCUAUAUAGAUUGAUAUAAUGGAUGAGAGGAGGACUAUUUUGAUGGGACGAUAUGAAAUCGGGAGGCAGUUAGGACAAGGGAACUUUGCUAAGGUAUAUUAUGCUCGGAAUCUGACAAGUGGACAGGCUGUUGCAAUAAAGAUAAUUGAUAAGGACAAGGUCGUGAGGGUUGGACUAAUGGUGCAGAUAAAAAGGGAGAUUUCAAUAAUGAGAUUGGUAAGACAUCCAAAUGUUCUGCAACUUUUCGAAGUAAUGGCUAGCAAGAGCAAGAUUUACUUUGUUUUGGAGUAUGUGAAAGGCGGUGAACUUUUCAACAAAAUAUCCAAGGCAAAGUUCAGUGAGGAUGUUGCAAGGAGGUAUUUCCACCAAUUGAUCAGUGCCGUGGACUACUGCCACAGCCAAGGUGUUUACCAUCGGGACUUGAAGCCAGAAAACCUACUUGUAGAUGAGAAUGAGAACCUAAAAGUCUCGGAUUUUGGUUUAAGUGCCCUAGCUGAGUCUAAGAGACAAGAUGGCCUCCUCCAUACCACCUGUGGAACUCCAGCUUAUGUUGCUCCCGAAGUGCUCAGUAUGAGAGGCUAUGACGGUGCGAAGGCUGACAUAUGGUCUUGCGGAGUAAUUCUUUUUGUUCUUGUGGCUGGUUACCUUCCUUUCCAUGACACAAAUCUUAUAGAGAUGUAUAGGAAGAUUUCCAAAGCUGAAUAUAGAUUCCCUCGUUCUUUUUCUGUUGAGUUGAAGGACCUACUUUUUAGGAUGCUUGAUCCAGAUCCAAGUACUAGAAUUUCUAUCGCAAGGAUAAAAAGGUGCAUUUGGUACAGAAAAUCCAUUGAGGUAAAUGCACUGAAAAUCAAGCACGAAACAAGAGACAAGGGGUGUAAAGGUGAAGCCGCAACCUCUGACUCGACAGAAUGCAGUAAUUUGGAGGAAAAUCAAGGGUCAUCGAGCCUCCAAAACUUGAAUGCAUUUGACAUCAUUUCCCUGUCAACGAGAUUUGACCUAUCCAAUUUGUUUGAAGAAAAACAUGGCCGGAGGGAAGAGAGAUUCACCACUAGGCAGCCAGCAGGAACUGUAUUUGCUAAGCUAAAUGAACUGGCCAACCGCUUGAGGCUCAAAAUUAAGAAGAAAGAAAAUGGGGUUUUGAAACUGGCUGCAUCAAAUGAAGGAAUAAAAGGAUUUCUUGAGCUGGAUGCUGAGAUUUUCGAGCUCGCUCCUUGUUUCCUUUUAGUUGAGUUGAAAAAGACCAAUGGGGACACUAUAGAGUAUCAAAAGCUAGUGAAAGAUGAAAUUAGGCCUGCACUUAAGGAUAUGGUUUGGGCAUGGCAAAGCAAUCGGCACCAGCAGCCUGAGCAAUUUAUGCAAGGAGAGCAGCAGCAGUCACCUUUGCCAUCACAGCAGCCAGAGGCCAGAUUGCAGACCUCUUUGACAACACAAAAUCCGCAGGACAAGCUGCAACCAUUGCUGCCAUGACAACGGCGAAAAUACUUCUGAACCACUGUUGCUGCUACAUGAACUGCACAACCAGUUGAAACUGCCAUUAGUUGUUUACUGCUGCAUCAGCUGCAGGACUUGUUCCAACAGCCAGAGUCAUGACUUGUUGACAUACAUGUGAUUGCAUGUUCAGGUUACCCUGGUCUAGUACCUCCGCUUCCUACCGUUAGGCAUUUUUCCUUCUUUAGUUCCUCGACAUCUUAGUAUUUCUUUUGAUGCUGUAUAUUCAAUGUUUGCUAAAAUAAUGUAGAGUUAAUAUACUUUCUUUCAAUUUUGGAAACAUGUGUGUACUACAGAAAUCUGUACUCAGUGUAAGUAAAAUAUUGAUUUAAUCCCUGUCAAAGAAAUA